AUGGCGGCAGAGUGGGUUCUGGAAAGACCAGUCUCGAAACAAGCAAUUAAUAAUAAUUACUACAAGGAAGAAGCUGUCCAGACCAAUCUUCACAUCAGCGCCCAGCUGGAGCGAAUGAAGGAUGCGGCCAGGGAUAACAAGGAUCAGCUGAGGAAGAAACGAGUCGAAGAAGAAAGCAAAUGGUUCCAGGAGUUGACGUGGCGUCUCCCAUGCUACGUCUUCAGUGACAUGGCCUGCGCUGCAUUGCUGGACAAGCUGCAGGGUAUGGGCAUCAUUGAGAGCCGUAAGACCACCCCACAGAAGUUCCUGAACGUCUUGACGGGGCUCAAGCCGUGGGAGCUGUGCCUACCCGAGGUCAGCGCUGCCGUCGAGUUUGUCCGUGAGCGAGUCGUCCUGAUGUCGGUGGAGGAAUUUGAGGCGUGGUAUCAACACGAGAUUCCGGGAAUCAGCCGAUCGCAGAGUGCUCCUCCUAACACUUUCCCAACCUAACCCAGGCGUCACUGUCAUGACUAUAAAUCAAUCUGGGCAUGUUUCUGGGCAUGUUUCUGGGCAGACUAUCGUGUUAACUUGGUCCGAUUAACUUGGUCCGGUUAACGUGAUCUGGUUAACUUGGUACGGUUAACUUGGUCCUUGUUUGGCCUGUGUUACCAUGGUCUGUGUUACCUUGGUCUGUGUUACCUUGGUCCGGUUAACUUGGUCUGUGUUAACUUGGUUCAGUUAACUUGGUCCGUGUUACCAUGGUCCGUGUUACCUUGGUCCGUGUUACCUUGGUCCGGUUAACUUGGUCUGUGUUAACUUGGUUCAGUUAACUUGGUGUGGUUAAACUUGGUCGGUGUUAACUUUAAUUGGUCUUGUUACCUUGGUCCGUGUUACCGUGGUCAGGUUAUUAACUUGGUCCGUGUUAACUUGAUUCGGUUAACUUGGUCUGAGUUAACUUAAUUGAUCUGGUUGACUCGGUCCGUGUUAACUUGCUGUAGUUAAAUAGGUCUGGUUAACUUAGUCCGUGUAAACUUGCAAUGCUCUGGUUAAAUCGGUCCGCGUUAAGUUGCUCUGGUUAACUUGGUCCAUGUUAAUUUGUUCUGGUUAUAUUGGUCAGUGUUAACUUGCUUUGGUUAAAUAGGUCUGUGUUAACUUGCUCUGGUUAACUUGGUCCGUGUUAAGUUGCUCUGGUUAACUUGGUCCAUGUUAACUUGCUCUGGUUAUAUUGGUCUGUGUUAACUUGCUCUGGUUAAAUCGGUCUGUGUUAACUUGCUCUGGUUGACUUGGUUCGUGUCGCUAUCCAAAUCGUGCACCUAUCCUUUGAGUGCCACUUGAACAAAUUAUUGGUUUUAUAAGACUGAUAAAUACAUGUAAGACUUUGAUAAAUGGGGUAGUAUUUAUGGAAGCUAAUACUGAACUAAAUUCAAGUACAUUUUGUGAAUCAUCUUUGAAAUAAGAAAACAUUUUCACUAACUAGAAACAGCAUUGAAUUCCGAACUUUGUCAAUAAAAAAAUAUUCUUAUAUACAUUUUGUAGUAUACAUGUAUAUUGUAUUUUCAUUAGAAAAUUGCAUGCAACAGUUAACAUGCGUCCGUUGAAGUAAUUAAUUUUAUGUGAUCAUGAUAACUUGUCAGCUGACGCUGUGGGUUACGGUGGCCCAUGAAGAACAAAUUUAAUAAUGCUCAUUUCAAAGGGUCAUUGGUUUUGCAGCUUUUUUGUUUUUGUCAAUAUUUUUUAAACUACAGAACAAAUUUUCAGAGCAGGAAGAAUUUGAGGUUUGAUUUAAACUUUAUAUGAACAAUCUGUUUUUUCAUGUAUUUCUAAUUCUGAUUGUAAAAACGUUGUGAUUAAUAGUGA